AUGAUGUCUUCUCAAGCAAUGAAGUUUCCAGUCAACAUAUCGCAAGCCAAUAGACCUUUUUGUACUUGUUGCACAUAUGAUAAACUCCUACUGCAGCUUCAACAAACGUCUCUGUACUCUGAAUAUUCCGAAAGUCGACAGGACACCAUUACUGAAGACUCAUCAUCACAAUCCAUCUCUGCCUCACAUAUCUGCAGAAGCAGGUUCUCUUACCACAAUGGAUUAGCUGAAGAUCUUGAUUCUACUGGCUGUUUUACACAACGUUGUACGUGCGGGGGUGAGAAUGAAGACUCGAGGGAGCAUGAUGAAGAUGGCGUCGAAGAAAUCCAAAUACCAUCUUUAACAUCCCCAGAUAUUAACAGAAUGUCGAUCAAUUUCGAUAUUGGACUAAAGUACAUGGAUUUUGAGCUUUACGAUUCCCAGUUCGAGGAAUGCGAAAGUUAUCACGAUUUCUGCAUUGACCCAUCUACAUCAAGUGAUAGAUCGAAUUUGGCCGGCCUUGAUGAUUACAAGAGCUCUGAUACAUUUGAUACACCAAGGACAUCUAAAAUGAGCUUAGCUCAAGGGAGUUUCUGCUUACCUCCUCCGAACUCCCCUACUAUCUCUUUGAACAUGAGCGAUGAAUCCACGAUUUCCCUUCCCACAGUCUAUCCAGGCAACUUUUCCGAAGCUUUGGAUCCUGAUGAGUUAUCUGGUGUUGGUGAGUGGAUGUGUGGAACGAUGAGCAAGCCGAAUGAUCUGAAUGAUCUCGAGGGGGAAUUAGAGCUUUAUAGAGACAAGGACGAAACCAUCGGCCCUCAGUCAAGUCGGAAAGUCGGUCAAGCAUUGGAUACUUUCGCAAUCAGUUUUUAUGGUGUCCAAUGA